UUGUUAUUGUGCCGCUUAUCACCACAUAGUAUAUUCCCAAAUUUUGCGGUGUGUAGUUCAGUCACAGUCGUUCGGUGUAAUUCGGAUUAAUUAAAUGUAAUCGCGCAAAUAAUUAAUACCUUUUACUAUACUAAGACUUACGCGUCGAUUAAUAACGUUUACGGAUUACGAACAGUCGAGAAAGUGACCGGUUAGACAGAGUCAAUCUCCGGUGAUAUAUGGUGAGAAAUGACGAUAAUUUGCGAUACGUCGAAAGAUUAAAGGAACGCCGAUUGCGUGUAAUAAUCGAUCGAUACCAUGUUUUCGUUGAUGAAUAGCGUGAAAGAUGCGCAUACGGAUACAAUAUGGAGUUGCGCUUGGGGUCAAGUGAGAACUAAGCGUUUGGUGGCCGUUAGCAAGCAGAACAAUACGAUCGACAAAGAUGCCGCCAACAACAGCGACAGCAACAGCAACAGCAAGAACAACGACAACAUCGUCGACGACGACACCGCCGCCGCCGCCGCCGGCGCAGAGAAACAAGCGACAGCGGAGAAAGAAGAAGAUGACGCGGUUGUGGCUGCGGUUGGUGACGACGAAGCGCGAGAAGACGACCAAGUGACCGAAAUCAUCGUUACAGGAUCGGUAGACGAUUUGGUUAAAGUGUGGAAGGUGGAAGCGGACAGGUUGGAACUGUCGAAAACGCUGGUUGGCCACUCGUUGGGCGUCGUGUCUGUGGCUUUGAAUUCCGACUGCACGGUGUGCGCUUCCAGUUCGUUGGAUUCGGUAUUAAUUUUGUGGGAUUUGAAAGCCGGCAGCAAAAUAAAAACCGUCAUGGUAGGCCCGGUCGAGCUUUGGACGAUCGCAUUUUCGCCGGACGACAAUUACAUAAUAUCGGGCAGCCAUUCCGGUAAAAUAAACGUGUUCGGCGUCGAAAGUACCAAGCUGGAGCAGACGUUCGAUACGCGAGGCAAAUUCACCCUGAGCAUAGCGUACAGUCCGGAUGGCAAGUACAUCGCGUCCGGAGCGUUGGACGGUAUCAUAAACAUUUUCGACGUUCAAAAUGCCAAGCUAACCCACACGCUAGAGGGACACGCUAUGCCCAUCAGAUCGCUGUGCUUUUCUCCCGAUUCCAAGUACUUGUUGACCGCGUCCGACGACGGUCACAUGAAAGUGUACGCCGUUCAACACGCCGAAGUGGUCGGCACGCUGUCCGGUCACGCGUCCUGGGUGUUGAGCGUGGCCUUUUCGCCAGACUCGAAAUACUUCGUCUCCGGCAGCGCCGAUAACACCGUCAAAGUGUGGCAAAUCAGCGAUCUUACCUGCGUACACACCUUCAAGGAACACGCCGAUCAGGUGUGGUGCGUUAAAUACAACAAGGACGGAUCCAAGAUUGUUUCAGUGUCCGAAGAUAAAUCCGUAAAUAUUUACUCUUGUCCGUUUUCGUAAAUUAUUCGUGUCUCGCGCCUUACCCGCGUUUUAUUAUUAAUAAACAUUGUACAAUUUUCGCAUUUGAUCGACCUGUACCUAUAUUAUCAUUUUGUACAUUUCCUAUAAUUAGUACGUGCGUUUGUGUAUUAUAUACAUAUUGCCGAGUA